CAGAAGGCGAUUGGCCUUUGCUGCCGUCCAAUCGGGGGCGGGCUGUCGGAUUCAAAUCGAGGGCGUUGGGCUUGCAGUCGUUGGUCUUAUUGGAGUUGUUGCCCUCGCGUGAGGAGGACGUGUGUCUGGCUGAGCUCUUGUUGAUUUCGCGUUUGCUUCGUUUUUCUCCUCGUUGUGCGCCAGUAGGAUGGCUCAUAAGCAGAUUUACUACUCGGACAAGUAUUUCGACGAGCACUACGAGUACAGGCAUGUCAUGUUACCCAGAGAAUUGUCUAAACAAGUGCCCAAAACUCAUCUGAUGUCUGAAGAGGAGUGGAGACGACUUGGUGUCCAACAGAGUCUAGGCUGGGUUCAUUACAUGAUUCAUGAGCCAGAACCGCAUAUUCUUCUUUUUAGACGACCUCUUCCAAAAGAGCAACAAAAAUGAAAUUUAUUUUGGAUCAACAGUUAAAUCUUUUUCAAAUUUAAUGUAUAUGUGUAUAUAAGGUAGUAUUCAGUGAAUACUUGAAAAAUGUACAAAUCAUUCAUCCAUAUCUGUGCAUGAGCUGUAUUCUUCACAGCAACAGAGCUCAGUUAAAUGCAACUACAAGUGGGUUAUUGUAAGGUGUUUAAGACAGUUCUUCUAGAUAGUUUUUCUCUUAAUAU